ACGUUAAUUCCUUUUUUAAACUGUUGGGAGCGUUAAAACCAAAUUAUAUGACGACGAAAAAAUAGAAGAGAAGCUCAUACACCAAAACUGUGCUCAUACAAAUUAUAUUUAUGUAAAAUAAACUGAACAAGUAACAAUAAUUAUUCAGUCAAACUAAAUAUAAAAUGAUUUGCUGAAAGUGGGUAAUAAUCUGAACUGUCCCUACGUUACUGCUCAUAUCUGAAGUUUCCGACUUAAUAUUGCAACAACCUUAUACAAUUUCUAAAGCAGACAGUGGUGGUAUGAUAUUUUUUGUAAACUCUCGUUUAUGGGAAAUUUUCUUUAUUGAGAAAGAUUGUCCACACAGAACCAUUUAUAGGGUUAGGUCUGAUUGUGCUAUCGUAACAUUGAUAAAAGAUGGAGUAAAGAUGAUAACAUCAAGUAUUGUAUAUCAUUCAGCAAAAAGCAAUCGAAAGUGCUGGUUAACUUGGUACAAUGACACAAUACGAAUUGGAUUUAUGUCAUCUUCCAAGCUUCUCAAACCAUUCCUUGAGUAUGAAGAAAUAUUCACAGAACAGAGCCCAAAACAACUUAUAGGAUUUAUAAAGUUUUCAGCUGAUGAACGCGUAAAUUUUACGGUCGAGUCCAGCCCUGUUGUCUUGGACCCUUUCAGACUUAAAGACGUAAAAGGAGGCCAAUUAAGAUGGGUUAAGAUGAUGGACGAUAAAUUGCCUCCUGAUGCAUUGAUAGGUGGAUUUGAGAAUGAGCCCCUAUACAUUAUUCGUGCACAGCACGGUAGAUCAAUGUGUCCUGGAAAAUAUAUAGCAUCAAAAAAUAAAGCAUCUAUUCCGUGGGGCCAUAUCGAACACCAGAAAAAAGAUUUUGAGAUUCUUUGUGGAUAUGACGCAAUUUGGGUUAAGUGUAAAGAUAAUUUAAUACCUGAGAAUGUGUUCAAAGCUGGAACAUCAGAAGUGCGAAAUGAAACUGUUUAUGUUGGACGAGCGAUGAUAGAUGAUGAUCUUGUGGUUGGAAAGGUUCAUAUGCUGUACAAAACAUGCUACCUACCGUAUAAAGGCAAAGAAGUGGAAAAGCACAGAUAUGAAAUAUUAGUACACGGAGAUAAGGAAACUUAUGGCGUCACAAGAAAUCAAAAUUGUUCAUUGAACCCUCUGAAGGCUUUACAACCAUGUAUAUAUUAGUGGUGGAAUAAAACCAAUAUGACGUUUAUAAUUUUGAGGAGAUUACGUCAUGAAAUGCGUACUAGCUAGCUUAAGUCUUAUUUUUUCUUAACUGUCCUAUAAUGUAAACAAUCUUUUUAAUGUAAAGUUUAUUUUAAAAUAAUAAACAUAAUAAUAA